UUUCCUCCUUUGUUUAAUUUGCAUCUGAUUAGGCAGACUGCAGAUGUUAAAAAAUUUUAAAUUCUAUUUAAUUUUUUAAAACAUUGAGGGGUUUAAAGGGUUUUGCAAAAGAGAGGGAACUUUUUUUUUUUUUUCAUUUCUAGUUUUAAAUUAAGUAAAAUUUUCUCUCUUUCAAUUUAAUUAGUGAGAUACAUGUGAUUACCUAAUCCCCAUUUUAAAAUUAUUUUUCCGAACAAAUUAGAAUAUUAGUCAAUAUACUCAUAAUAAUUCUUUUUUGCUAUUCCACUUUCCACAUAAUGAACGAAAAUAUUCCCUUUCCAACCACAACCUCCGAACCAAAGAAAAGGGAAAUAGCUUUUAAUCUUUUACUUAUUUUAAACUAGUAUGGCCAUAAAGAUAGUUAUUUUUUAAUAAUUUUAUUAAAUUUUAUCAAUAUGUAUAUUUUAGCUGUUCUUUUCACUUAUUUGAAGAGUAAAAGAUGUCCAGUCGAGUCAUCUCGAUCAUAACUAAUUUGGUGAAUUUGAACGACUCAAGGAUGGCAACAAGGACAAAAUAUUGCACAUCGAGGAUCAAAUCUUUUGUCAUUCCUUUAUCAAACUUUUCUGCUGAUACCUUCUCCUUUCCAGUUUCAUUUUUCGAGCUGUUGGGCUUACUGGGGAGUAUGAAAGGCAUAACAUCAAACUCCAUGGCUUCAGAAUGUGCCUUGAAAUUGUAUGAAAGAGGAGAAACAGAAAUAAUAAACAGAAGUGACCCACAACAGUUUUAUCCAUUUUCAGCCCAUUUUGUGAGUGAUAAUGAUCAACCACAGGCCUGUAAUUUUGCAAAUUUUGCUCCUUUUGGAGAGGAUAAUCCUUUACAGAGAGCAGAGUGGAUAAAGUUCUUGGGGGCUUUUGCAAAUAUUGAGAGUAGAGCCAAUCAAGUAUAUGGAAGAGUUAAAGAGAACUACAUAUGUCUGGCUAAGGUUGCAGCAAAUACAACAAGAUCCUUCAAGCCAAUAGUAGCUUGGAUGGAGUAUGACAAUGGUAUAUGGUCCUUUACAAAGGAAACAUAUAAGUUGAAGUUUGUGGAAGAUGCAGGUGGAGAAAAUAUUGACAACUCCAUUAACAAGAUUACUUAUAGCACCUCAAAUCCUGAUGACUUGGAAGAUCUGCAUGCAAUUUUAUGUACUGUGGAUGUAGUAAUUGAUGAAACAUACACUGUUGACCCUGUUGGCUAUAAUCAGUCAAACUUCCUUCAAAAUGUAAAUGUUGAAGAUAGUUCUUGUUUUGCAUUUCUCACAAAUCAAAGCUUAUGGAGAUAUGAUAAGAGAGUUCAAAAUUCAACCACUCUUGAUUGGUCUGAUGGAGCAGUCUCACAACCUCAACUGGUUUUAGCAGAUCUAAUUGAAGCAUUAUUUCCUACUGGAAAUUAUACAACAACAUACUUUAGAAAUAUUGCAAAGGGAGAAGGGAUUAUAAGCAUUGAUUCUAACAAGUGUGAUAGAGAUAUCUCCAUUCCUUUGGAGCCUACAAUACUAUCUUGUCCAUGAAUAUUUUAUAUUUGUUUUUGAUAAACUUUUCAUCUUGAUUUGGGAUUUGAGCAUAAGAGAAAAUUAAUUAUGUUUUAAGAAAAACCAAACAUUGUUAGAACACAAAUUUUGUCAUUUUGACCCUUUAAUUUGUAAACAAUAGCUCAUCUAAUUGAGUAUUUAGAGUUUAUGCUGUCGCUUUUGUUUGUAUGCACAAGCACAUCGACACAGUAUAAUCUCUCAUAAAAUAAGUAAAAAUCUUUCUUUUUUUUUUUCUUUUCAAUUGUUUGUGGUUUUUGCAUUUUGAUAGAAAAUAUUGAGGGCUGAGAUCUGAAUUCGAUCCUA